AUGGCUGCGUCACCCGGCGGGAUCUCCGCGGAGCUGCAAGGGGGCAUUACUGCCUUUCUGGGGACAAAGAAGGUCCUUCUGGUGACAAGCGUCCAGCUGCAGGUGAAAUCCAAGUACGACGACUAUAUCUUGGUGCUGACACCCUGGCGAGCCUACGUGCUGCUGGUGACGCUGCCGGUGAGGGUUCACAGCAGCUUCAGCUUCCUGGAGGUGAGGGAGAUGACGGUGCGGGAGCCCAGCUUGGUUGUCAUAGAAAUGGACGCAGCGUCUUACGCCUUCCGGUUCAUGUCCUUCGAUGAUUUGGAGCAAGUCAUCAUCCAUGUCACCAUGUCACUUAAGAAGGUCUUUCCAGACUCCUCCCCUGGGACGCUGCUCAAGAACUCCACCCCCAGCCUGUACGAGAGGAUCCGGCGGAUCACAGACUCGCUGGAGGAGAUGCUGCAGAGCAGCCCCGGGCCCUGCGGGGGGUUUUCGGAGACCUAUGCUGCUUUGUGUGAUUACAACGGCUUCGCCUUCCGCGAGGAGAUCCAGUGGGAUGUGGACAACAUUUACCACAGCCAGGACUGCCGGGAGUUCAACCUGCUGGACUUCAGCCACCUGGAGAGCCGAGAUGUGGCACUCAGCAUCGCCGCCUUGUCCUUCAACCUGUGGUUCACCAAGCUCUCCUGCAAGGACUUCAGGCUGAACCAGGAGAUUUCGGAGCAGCUGCUCUACAUGCUCAGCAAAUCGGUGACAUUGGAGGAGCUGGUGCUGGAAAACAGCGGGUUGAAAGCUGACUUUGCACAGAGGAUGGCCCAGGUGCUCAGCAAUCACCCCGACUCUGUCCUGCACACUAUCAACCUUGCUGGCAACCCGCUGGAAGACAGAGGGAUUGUUGCCUUCAGCCGGCAUGUGGAGAAGAGUCCAAAGGGUCUGCAGAGCCUCAGCUUGGCCAGGACGCUGCUCACUGCCAAAGGGAUGAGCAUGUUAUGCAAGGCCCUCGCAGACAACAAAGCCAUUGGAUCCUCCCUCUGGCACUUGGACCUCUCUGGAAACCCCAGCACCCUGGCUGGGGACGACAUCAGUAACCUGCAGUGUCUUCUCCGCCACUGCCACUCGCUCUCCCACCUCAGCCUGGCUGGCACAGACUGCCCUUUGGAUCCUCUCUUUGGAGCCCUGGUCCACGGAUGCCACACCAGCCUCGUCCAUCUGGAUCUCUCCAGAAACGUGUACUCCCACAAGAGGGUGAAAACCAUCUCCCCUGACAUGAAGGAGUUUUUCAGCCAGGCCUGUGUCCUCAGGCACGUCUCCCUGUCGGGUACCAAGCUCCCAGCAGAUGCUGUAAGGGCGCUGCUCCAAGGGCUGGCAGACAACAGUCACGUCACUGACCUGCACCUGGAUCUUAGCAGCUGCGAGCUGAGAUCAGCGGGGGCCCAGGUCAUACAGGAUCUCAUUCCUGACGCCAGCUCCAUCAGCGACCUGGACCUGUCUGACAACGGCUUCGACCCUGACAUGGUGACGCUGGUGCUCUCCAUCGGCAGAAGCAAGUCCAUCAGGCACGUCUCCCUGGGGAAAAACUUCAACAUAAAAUCCAAGGAGGGGCUGCUGGAUGUCCUGCACCGCAUUGUCCAGCUCACCCAGGAGGAUGACUGCCCCCUCCAGUCCCUGUCCGUGGCUGAGUCACGCCUCAAGCUGGGAACAAACGUCCUACUGAGCGCCCUGGGCAGUAACACCAGCCUCGUCGCUCUGGACAUCAGCGGCAACGCCGUGGGUGACACGGGGGCCAAGAUGCUGGCCAAGGCCCUGCAGAUCAACACGAAGCUCAGGACCCUGGUUUGGGACAGGAACAACACAACUGCCCAUGGGCUCCUGGAGGUGGCUCAAGCUUUGGAGAGGAAUUACACCCUCAAGUCGAUGCCCCUGCCGAUGAGCGACGUGGCGCAGGCGUACCGCAGCAACCCCGAGAAAACAGAGGAGGCGGUGCACAAGCUCCAGUCCUGCCUGACCAGGAACCAGCUGCGGCGCACGCUGCCCGCCCAGACCUUCCGCCUGCAGCAGGGCAUCCUCACCACAUCUUCCGAACAGCUGGUGAACGAGAUCUGCCUGAGCGUGCAGAAGCAGGUCGACGUCCUCAGCCCCUGCCCGGGCAGGGAGGUGGAGGCGGACAUCCUCUGCGCGGAGGAGGCCAUCAGGAACGCCAACCUCUCCGUCAGCAUCCUGCCCCUCUUGUACGAAGCGGGAAACACCCCGUACCAGAACGGCAAGCUGCAGCACAAGCUGGAGUGUCUCACAGAGGAGGCGUCGCAGACCUGCGGCCGGGAGAUCCAGGCGAUCAUGCAGGCAGCGCUGGACACAGCGCUCAGCCUCUGCCCAGCCGUGGUGCAGAAGAGCGGGGUCCGGGACCAGCUGGUCAAUGCCAUGUCGGAGCGGAUCUACCUCCAGGACCACCUCAACCUCAGCGCCGUCCUGGACCAGAUGAUCACCGAUGUCUUCAGCAAGCUGAAUGAAAUCAAGCUGUCUGUCACAGCCGCCGUGGCCGACUGCAUCGUUGACACUGUGCUGGGAGACCUGACCAUCGCCCAGUGCAAACUGGCAGAGAGCCUCCCCAAGCAGGGACUCGACCUCCCGGCACUGCUGCCGGAGCUGGAUGAGGACGAUGCUGCCGUGCUGGCAAGGAGCAGGAAUCCUCCGGACCUCGCCGUGGAGGAGUACAAGAUGGCCCUGCGAAGGAAAAACAAGCAUUUCAGGAGCAUUCGGCCCACACCAACCGUGAGAA